GAAGUACACACAACCAAGUCUGAGUCCACUGACAUGUAGUCAGUUCAGCCACUUCCUCUGAUCAGAGUAAGGGGAAAAUUUCUACUGAGGCAAUUACAAGCAACUGAGGAGAGAGCUAGAAAGAAAGGAAACCUUGCUUUUACAGAUAGAAAGAGAGAGAGAGACAUGGAAAAGCUGAGAGCAGGUGUUUUUAUGCUGUUUGUGCUACUGGAACCUGUUUCCUGUACAAAUAGUUUUUUCACCGAGCCGGUCAUCUGCUACUUCCUGGAUGGGAUCCUGAUUAUUUACUGCAUUGUUGCUACUGCAUUCUUCUUCAAAGAAAAGUUUUCCCAACUACCAUUAGCGGCUGAUCCAGUGUCGGAAAAUAACGGUGGCAUUUACCAGGAGCUUGAGAGACCAAUGGAUACUGAUCCAUAUCAGGUUCUUGAACCAUCAAAAAAAAAGAAAAAGGCUGGCAAGAAAAUAAGAUCUGAGUCGGUCCGACCUGAGGAAACAGAUCCCUAUGAAUCUUUAAUCACCAGUGCCCCACCUCUACCUCCCCAGUGAUCUACUGGAUUGUCGCUCCUGGGUCAAGAAACAACAGUAUUGUUUAUUGCAGCUGAGACAAUUAGCUGAUUAAUCAAUUAGUCAAUAGAUUAUUAAUCAGCAUCUAUUAUAAUAGCAAAUUAAAUGUUAAAGUUAUAUAUCAAGCAGAAAUGCAAAAAUAUUCAGUGGAUGCAGUUUUCUCAGACGUGAGGAUUUGGUGCUCCUCUCUGUUUUAUGUGAUAGUAUCUUUGGGGGGGUGUUGAACUGUUGGUUGGACAAAACAGGCAAUCUGAAGACAUCGCACUGGGUUUACACUGUGAUGCUCCUUUUUUCACAUUUUCAUUUCAUAAACCAAAUUAUAAAGAAAAUGACAAAUUAAAUUGAUGUUAAAAACAGUUGUUAUCUCUACUGUAAACCCUCAAACUGUAUAGUCUGACAUAAAAGUUAAAAUGUCUUGCAUUUAACCCUUGCGUUGUCCCCUGGGUCAAACUGACCCGGUGGCCGACAUUCUGCCUUUGUGUGUGUGUUUGUGUAGUAGGGUUUGUUGUUGUGCAUGACAGUCGUGAUUCUGAUGCGCUUAUCUUUUGUUUUUGAAUAAUAGGAAGGAGAAAAAAGUAUACGGAAUACGAAGGGCAACCGGAGGGUUAAAUAUCAUCUACAUUGCGUAACAACAAAGUCUACAGCGAUGCUAGUGGCUCUGCUUUCUGCUUAGCUAACAAUGAGAAUUCUGAUGUUUGUGCGUCUUAGCAUGCUAAUUAGGUUUUACAUUUUACUGGCAUUUUUAAGGUAUAUAAUCAUUUAAUAAAGGGUUUAUAACACAUUUUUACAUAUUUUAGAUAUGUUACAUAUAGUACACAGAUGGUAUAUUUGCAUAUCAUCCACAUUAGUGUAAAAACAGCUGAGACUGAUGAUGUUUUUUGAGUGUUAACAUGCUAAAAAUUGCUAAUAAGGAAACAUUUUAACUUGCCUUUAUAGGUAAAUAAACAUUUAAAAAAUAAUUUAAGCUUUAACACAUUAUGUGUGCUACAUAUAUAACACAUACAUAUAGAUUCUACAUUAAUAUUGAAUGACUUCAUGACCAAUAUGGCACAUUAAUUAACACUUAGCAAUGUCAUCUUAUAUGCUUAAAACUAUACUUGUACUAUAAUGUAUAUUACUAUUGCAACUGUUUUAUUCAUGAGCUAUUAAAUACACCAGCCUCCA